UCGCGAAACAAUUCUUCUAGGAGCCUUCUCCACGAGGUGCUAGAAUACAUCUCUACUCCCUCCUCUCAUGAAGGUGCAAUUGUGAAGUUAGCUAUUGAGUCUCUGGAAUACCGAUAUAUAUUAUCCGAUAUGGAUCCAAAUCAUUACAACCAAACACCUCAGCAUCCUCAGAUUCGAAACCUCCAACGGCAACACCAACGAUUCUCAUGGCAGGAUCCUGCGACUGCUAGUAACGAUGAUCACCAGGUCUACCAACAGCCUCAGCAGCACCAGCAGCAACAGCAGCAACAGCAGCAAUCACAGUCUCAGGUAUUUCAGCAAAACGAAGUACAGCAACUACUACAGAUCGAUACCAACCCGGCCACGCUCAAUCGCGGUUUCUCAUAUGCGCAGACACCGAUAGAGCACCGCGCAUUCCACUACUCGCCACAUGAGCCUCUCCCAAAUCCUCUCGAUACCGCUGUCGGACAACAUCCUCAAACGCCACACGGCCAAGUAGAAUCAAAACAUCCACAAAAUAUUCAUCCUCACGAAAAACCACCCGCAUAUGAAACCACCAAUGCUGUGGCCCAUCAGCAGAACACCCAUGGUCACCAUGGCCAUGCAUCAUUCACGCCCAUAUCGUCGGAGGAGCCACUACAGGUACAAACAAACGUACCCAUGCAAUCACGACAUGCCCGUCAACGAAGCAAUCUGUCUCCCAUCAACACAAAUGUAUCAUCAUACGCCGCACCACCACCGCCAGUCCCAUCUCUACCAGCCGGUCCACUCCCGCCCAAGAGCGCCAUUACGCCCAUCUCGCCAGUCGCCAUCAAGCAUGACCCCAACGAUUUUUCCAAACCUACAUCUCCCAUCACUCAGACUGGCCCGAUGGGUGAACCGUAUACACCCCAUGGUUUCGAACGCAAUCCCGUAUUCAGCCCCCACGCUGCACAUGGACCUAAUGGACUCGACUUCGCCCUCCAUCAACCCGGUCAAGUUUCUCAUCCAAACAUGGACCUCGCUGAGAACGGCGCAGGUAAGAAGUGGAAAUUCGGCCUCUUCUCCUGUACCCCUGGUAUUUCAGAUUGUAUGACGGGUCUAUUCUGCCCCUGCAUCAUCUAUGGCCGGACGUCCUACCGUCUCUCGCAGAAAUCAAACAAGAAGGAUCCCACGGAUCUACUCAGCUAUAGCGCGACAAACGGCCAUUGUACAGUCAUGGGCGCUGCCUGUGGUCUGUGGUGGCUUUUUCCAACUUUGCAGCGGAUGAAGAUCCGCCACAUGUAUAAAAUCGACGGCAGCUGUAUCGGUGAUUUUGCAAGAGGUUGUUGCUGCUGUUGCUGCGUUGCCGUCCAGAACGAAAGAGAGGUCAGGGAGAGAGAAGAAAAGACGAGAAGGUUGGCGGGUCCUGCGAGCGCAAAUGUGUAUUCGAGCGUUGGAGGUAUGGUGUAUAAGCCGCAGCAGUGAGUUGCAGAACAAAAUUGAAGUUGAUACGAGGAGCGUUUGAAUGCAUUUGUACAGCGCAAUCAUCGGCAUUACACUCACACUCUUUUACGAUACCCAUCUCCAUUUGUUUCAUUGUAUUACUUAUG